UCCUCCAUGCCACGUUACAAUGAGCUGUGACGUUGUAAAGAUAGAGUUUAAUAAAGAGAAGAAUGUGGAUUUUACAUGCCAUCAGUGUGGAAAGAGCUUCACAAGUAAAGGAAACCUCAAAGAACACAUGAGAAUUCACACCGGAGAGAAACCGUUCACAUGCCCUCAGUGUGGAAAGAGUUUCACACGUAAACAAGGCUUAAUACGUCACAUAAGGAUUCACACCGGAGAGAAGCCGUUUGUGUGUCAGCACUGUGGAAAGAGCUUUAUAAGUCAAGGAACGCUUGGCACUCACUUAAGGUCUCACAGUAAUGAGAAACCGUUCAAGUGUCCUCAGUGUGAAAAGAGUUUCAGACGUAAAGACCUCUUCAGUCGUCACAUGAGAGUUCACAGUGGAGAAAAGCCUUUCUCAUGUCCUCAUUGUGAGAAGUGUUUUUCAACUAAAUGCAGCCUUGGUAUUCACAAACGAAUUCACGCCGCAGAUAACCCAUUCUUAUGCUCUCAUUGUGGAAAAUAUUUUGUAUCUAAAACCUACCUUGAGGAUCACAUAAGAAUUCACACCGGAGAGGAGCCGUUCACAUGUGAUCAGUGCGGAAAGAGUUACAAAUGGACAAAUAGUCUCAGAGUUCAUAAACUCCUUCACUCCGGAGAAAAGCCAUUUAAGUGUGAUCAGUGCGAUAAGAGGUUUGUUAUGAAAUCACAACUAAAGGCCCACAUGAAAACUCACACUAAAGAGAAGCCUUACUUGUGUUGUGUUUGUGGGAAGAGUUUUGCAUGGCUGGGCAGUUUUAAAGACCAUCUGAAAAUACACUCUGGUGUGAAAGACUAUUUGUGAAAAGAUUGUGGAAAAGUGCCUUCCGUGUGGCAGGAGAUUCGGCCUUUCUCAAACUGC